CGUCGGCACGAAGCUGUAAAGGCGGCGUUGAGGCAUUCAUGGUCGAUUUAAACUCGUAUAUUUCCUGGUUCGAACUUCAACGCAAACCAAACCCCCUUUGGGCGUAUUUAUGCGAUGUUUUCCUGAUUUAAUUCAAAAAUGUAUUUUAUUUUUGCGUUGUUUUCUUUUAAUAUGGUAACAAAAAGGUGAGGAGCAUAGUUCCACUCGUGUUUCACCAAAAGCUCUGGGUUGGUGGAUAUUUUUGGGCAGACAGUGGACGUCACAGAAGUAGAUGGCGGCUCACUGUGGAAUGAUGGCAAGUCGGCCUCUGCUUCGUUAUCUGCCCCGUUUUGAGAGGACCCCGGUGGCGAACUGUGGGGUUCGUCCGUUUUCCAAGAGUUCCCUAUGUCGUUCAAACUUGCGGAACAAAUUAGCUGUGGAAAGGCAGCAUUCCCCUUGGACUCUGAUGGCUGCUGUGUAUUUGCAGCGGCCGCCGGUCAUCUCGGCAGAUCUGAAUCCCGUGGAGCAGCGCUUUGCUCAAAUGAUGCAGCAGAUGGAGCUGGAGAAAAGCAUCCUGUGUGAGCACGAGCUGCGCCUGUUGGAGGACGCAGAGAGGCUGAGGAGAAGGCAGGCCGACGAUUACAACGAGGAUGAGGACGACGACGGGCGCAAGGAGCAAGACAUCGUACUGACGCAGGAUCUGGAGGACGAAUGGGAGCGCAAACUCAAGACAUUCAGCCCCGCGGCCAGAGUAACAGACGUGGAUAAGGACCUGAGCUCAUCGUGGCGCCUCCUGUCCGACUCGCUGGUGCUGCUGUCCGAGCAGCAGGUGGGAAGCACCAAGCUGUGGCUGCUGCCUCAGGCCCAGUGGCGGUCGGGAGAGACACUGAGGCACACGGCCGAGAGGGCGCUCGCCUGCCUCACAGAGCCCGCCCUCAAGGCCACCUUCCUGGGUCAGGCACCAUGCGGUGUGUACAAGUACAAGCUGCCCAAAACCGCCCGCAGCGACACCACAGUGGGAUCCAAGAUCUUCUUCUUCAAAGCCAUUCUGACGCAUGAUAGUACACGCAAUGCAGAGCCCAACGGCAGCAUCAUGUGGCUGAGCAAACGAGAACUGCAGCGCUUUCUAAAGCCGGCCUACAUGAUGAAGGUGGAGCGGUUCAUCCUGGGCCCCUGAGUCGGAAUAUUAGGUACACCAGCACCAUCCCACCAGGCUUGAUGUCAGUGAUUCUACUAUACUUGGUGAAAGUGUAUGUGUUCUUCCUUUCCUUGUGCAAAUAAAACUUAUUUGCUAG